CAAUAUUUCUUAAAAGAAUGGUUAAGGUUAGGGGAAUCCGUAAUUAAUGUCUAUGGGCUGGCCUAGAACAUGGAUUUCAUUGUCAUCCUUUAAUUGUCAUUCACUCUCUGAUUUUUCAUUUGCACAGUUUUAUGUUCUCUGAAUAAGAAAGGGCACCCCCACAUGGUAAACCAGAGAGAACAAGAGGAAGAAGAAGAAGAAUAGAACAAGUACCAUGCCUUCUUUUGCCACCUUCAAUACUUCCAUUUUUCUUCAACCAUAGGCAAACCAUAUCCAAAAACGUACCCUCUUGCCUCUCCCAACCCCAAAACGCAGCUGUCAUACAGAUCUCCCACCUUGUGUUUCUUCAUUUCUGGGAUUUGAUUUCUACACCCAAAUGAGGAGUAUAGCUACUUGUUACAAUGAACAUGCUAUCAAGGUAUCAGAUUCAUAUUGUUCAGGGCCUUCAAACAGAGCCUAUGUGACCCCUAAGUCGACUCCUUCAAUCCCAAAUGAAGUUACAUGCAUAUACAAAACCAAGCUCUUGAACCACCAGCGGCUUUUGAUCACUCUAACUUGGUACAACAGAAUUUCAGGCCAAGGACUCAUUGUCAAUGUGGACGAGUACAAAAUGAAUUCCUCCUCCUCCUCCUCAUCUUGGGAAUCAAAAUCAUUGUCGAGUUCGAAUUCCCAGAGACUGCAGAAGGAAAAGGGUACCAGGACAUUCCAAUCCUGCAAUUUAAAGAUAGAAGUGUUUUGGGAUUUCUCCACUGCUGAUUAUGACAAUGGAGGACCAGAGCCAACAAAUGGAUUUUAUUUAUUGGUUUUGGCAGACUCAGAACUUGGUCUGAUCCUUGGGGACAAGAUAGAAGAAGUGCUGGACCUGAAGAAGUACAAGACUAUCAUUUCACAGCAGAAAUUCUCAUUGGUCUCCAGGAGUGAGCAUGUCUCUGGUAAUGCAGUGUAUUCAACCAAGGCUCAAUUCUCUGACUCGGGAAUAGCUCAUGACAUUCUGAUUAAGUGUGACAGAGACGACGAAGGAGGCUCGAAAAGCCAGGUGCUAACGGUUUCAAUUGACAAGAAGAAGAUUUUUCAGGUGAAGAGGUUGAAGUGGAAUUUCAGAGGGAACCAGGCAAUUUUUUUAGAUGGUUUGCUGGUGGAUUUGAUGUGGGACAUUCAUGACUGGUUGUUCAACCCAAAAUCUGGGCGUGCUGUGUUCAUGUUCAGGACUAGGAGCGGAUUGGAUAGCAGGCUUUGGCUGGAAGAGAAGGUUCUUGAACACAAGGGACAGGACAGGCCGGAAUUCUCCUUGUUGAUCUGUGCCUGUAAGAGCCCUGACUAGUCAUUUUUCUUUCAUAUCUUUCUUAGGGAGCAGAAAAGAUUUAUAAUUAACAGUGACUUUAUGAGUUCU